GUGAAAUAAAGAACAAAAGAAAAAAGAAAGUAACAUCAUAAUUUAAAUAAAAUCUAUUGAUUAACAUGAUUGGUCCAGAUCUGCCAGAAAUACCAUUAUCUUUGAAAAGUAUACAGCACUAUUUGAAAAUGGCAUCAGCACAUGAUGAACGAAAUCCUGUUGUUAGUUACUGGUGUCGAUUAUAUGCUCUUCAAACAGGAUUAAAGUUAUCGACCAAGACACCAAGAGAAACAAAUUUUUUAAUGAAAUUAAUGGAUUGGUUAGAGACAACUAAGAAAGAAUUACAUGAUGAUGAAGCUAUUACAAAUGAUGUAGCUGCUCAGGCACACUUGGAAAAUUGGGCAUUGAAACUUUUUCUUCAUGCCGAUAAGAAUGACAGAGCUGCUAAUUUUGGAAAAAAUGUAGUACUGUGUUUCUUCACAGCUGAAUUACUUUAUGAUGUAUUGACUGUUUUUGGUGAAUUAAGUGAAGAAGCUGCACAAAAUAGAAAAUAUGCUAUGUGGAAGGCAACAUAUAUUUAUAAUUGCUUAAAAAACAAUGAAACACCUAUACCAGGACCUAUACAAAAAAGUAGUGAAGAUAUUGAUUUAAAUAAAAAUAUGGAAGAAGGAUCAAUGGUAGCAGAACCAAAAGAUACAUUAAAUUUAGAUGAAUCAGUUGUUAUUGCUAACACUAACUUGCCAGAUAUGGUAUAUAACACAACUAGUAAAGAAAAUAUUGACGAUUGGUCUUCUGAAUACAAAGAUUGUCAUACAGUUACAAAAAUAGAAGGUGGAACUGAGUUGUCAGUGGAACAAAUAAGCAAGGCACAAAAAUUUAUUAAAUGGGCUGGAAGUGCUUUAAAUUAUGAUGAUGUGCCUACAGCUGUCUUGAAUCUUCAGAAGGCUUUACAUCUUUUAACUACUGGUCAAGAACUUGCAUGAUCAAAACUAAGUUCAAAAAUAUCAAUAAAAUGAGUUAUUUAAUUUUGUUUGAUAAUUGAUAGGUUGACAUUAAAACAAGUACUUUGUGAAUUAAAUUUCAAUUAGUCUUGACUAAAUGAUAAUGUAAACACGAAUGUUUGAUUUAGUUAAUGCAAAAGUAGAAAUGAUAAGUUAUUUAUUUAAAUUGUUUACAUUAUUACAACCACAUCGAAUUAAAUAUAUUCUUGAAAUAUA